GCGACGGAAGUGAGGAGAAAUGCAAAGGAUUGUGGUAAAAUGUGUUUUGUUUAUCUGCUGACGAGACAGAGCCACUCAUCAAGACUGUGAGCCAUUCACCAGUGUUUUUGCGCUUAUUUGGUCUCUGUCUAGCCUGUUUCAGGCACCAUGGGUCGUGUUUACAUAGUAGAUGAGGAUGUAGAAGAAUACCUUUCCAAACUAUGCUCACAACAAGCUGGUCCAGUUACAGGUCUGCUCAUUGGACAGAGUUCAGGACAAAGAGAUUUUGUCGUCAUAGCAGCUCCAACACCCAAAGAUGAAGAGUCUGCAGGAAAGACUGUAGACAAAGAGUGGGUCUCUGAGCACGCUCGACAGGUGUCCAGGAUGCUGCUCGGAGGCCUUACGGUGUUGGGAGUUUUCAUGAUCACGGAUGCUGAUGCCAAAGACACAAUAACUACACUUCGACAGUUGGUGUUUGCAGUAGAGAACCUGAUCUCAUCAGAGCAGAAGUGGAGCCCUGCAGAAGAUGAUGUCACAGACUGCGUUACACUUCAUGUCAACCCCAAAACCCGGAAAACUGUCUGCAGGACUUUUGACAUCAAAGACCCCAAGAGUGCAGCAAAGCCUGCAGAUUUGAAGUACCAGUCAGGAGUGGGCUCCUGCUGGACCACAGUGUCUUGUUGGCUGAAUGUUGACCUGUUGAUCCCACUACCAGACAGCAGAGCAUCCAAGGAAAACUCACAAAAAGGUCUUCAGGAAGGACUGAAGGUGUGGACACGACAGAUAGAGAAUGCUGUUUGUUUAAUCGAUGGCAAAAAGCUUCCAGAAGAUUCAGAACUGACAUCUGGACAGAAGAGGAAUGUGAGGCAGACGUACACAGCUCAGCUGCUCACCACAGGGGAGGAGCAGAGGUCAGCGGAUGUGGUGCAGCCGUGUGGGGGGAGUGUGACCGUCAGAGGAGCCGUCCACUGCAGAGCUUUCCUCCACACUCACAAACCAAAAGUCAAACUCGCAGAGAAGCUGCUGAAGAGGGAUGCCAUUUCUACGGUGGCCACACGGGUUCAGAUGCUGCUGGAUGAGCCGCUGGCGUCAGAGGAGCAGAUCAAGGACGCCAGGGGGAACAAACAACAGACAGAGGAAUUCUGUCUUCCUCGUCGGAUCUUUUGCCCGUUGAAAUCUUCGGGCUCGCUGUAUGUGUGCGACUACCAGUUCAGUGACGAGGGACUGUCGGAAAUAGUUGACCGACUGAAGGAGAUGUUGGGCGUGGACACAGCGGAGGAAGACUUGGAUACCACACAGGAAAUGACAGCAGAGAUCACACAGGGUAGCGCUCCGACAGAGCCUCCUGUGGAGAAUAAUGAAGAGCUGAAGCCAAAGAGUAACAACUACAUGGGCGCUUUCAUGGCUGCAGCUGCUGCCCUCCUCGCCACAGCUGCCUCUAUGAUGUAUUACAGUGACAUGUGACCUGCAGCUGCCAAUAAAAUCAGUUGUUUGUCCCAAA